AUGGAAAAUAUCAGAAUUGAGAAGGAUGAUCUUGGCCAGCUAGAGCUACCAGCUGAGGCCCUUUAUGGAAUCAACACCGCUCGGUCCUUGCAGAAUUUCUUUCUGUCUGGACGACCUAUCGCGACAUGUCCUGACUUUAUCCAUUCUCUUGCAGCCAUAAAAGAGGCGGCAGCUCGAGCAAACUGUGAGAUUGGUGAGCUGACAGCAGAGCAGGCAGAUGCUAUUUAUACUGCCUGUGAAGAAAUCAAAACUGGAAAGUAUGAUCACCAUCUGGUCGUCGACAUGCUGGAGGGUUCGGGUGGCACCUCAACCAACAUGAAUAUCAAUGAAGUGAUCGCCAAUGUCGCUACAAAGGCCUCGGGAAGCUUCAUUCACCCAAAUGAUCAUGUCAACAUGGGACAAUCUACGAAUGAUGUGGUUCCAACUGCAAUGAAGCUGGCCGUUUACCGUUUGAUGGCGGGCGCUCUAUGGGCACUCACCCAGCUGGCUGAAGCUUUCUCGACGAAGCGCGAGGAGUAUAAAUAUCUACUCCGUUUAGGAAGAACCUGCCUUCAAGACGCGCAGCCCAUGAGUCUUGGCCAGGCAUUUGGAGGCUAUGAGUCAGUCAUCCGGCGACAUAUAGAACAAUCGAAUCAAUUCGCGAGCAAUUAUUGA